AUGUCUAUCCGCUGGAUUCACCAACAAGUAAACGGAGAAAAGACGAGUAUCGCUAUGAGUUCGUUGUACUACCAGUUGUUUCUUUUCUUCUGUUUCUAUGUUGCUGUUCAGGCUCCAUACAAAGAAGGCGAUAUCAUGUUGGGCGGACUUUUCAGCGUGCUCAAGCCGCCAGACAACCCAGGGAGCCGAUGUGGAGAGUUACAUUUGAGAGAACUUGGUCGCAUGCAGGCCAUGAUCUUCGCAAUCGAACGAAUAAAUAAUGACACAAGUCUUCUCUCGAACAUUUCCCUGGGAUAUGACAUAAGGGAUUACUGUGGAAACCUCUCAAAAGCUGCAAGACUUGUUUACAAACUUUUAACUGUUGAUACUUGUGUAAAUGUAUGUCAAAAUGCUACAAGAAAGAAAGCCAUCAUUUCUUUAAUAGGCCCGUACGAAUCUAGCACAGCGCUAUUCAUUGGUGGAAUUCUUCGGAUGCUCAAUUUUUCGAGCAUUAGCGGAUCAGCUACUAGUGCUGAACUUAGCUCACUUGCCUAUGACCAUAUAUUUCGAACAGCACCCUCGGACCAGUUUCUUGCAAAAGCGAUGGUUGACUUGGUUACACACUUCAAUUGGAGUUAUGUUGCUGUCGUUGGACUAGAUAAUUCGUAUGGACGAAAUGGAGCAUGGGCAGUUGUUAGCGAAAGUACGUCAAGAAAAAGCUCGUUCUGCAUUGCUUUGACACAGUUUGUACGCCACGAAAGUCUGAAUCGGAGUAUUUCGAAUAUAGUUAGACAGCUUAAACAGAUGGACAAUGUCAAAGUUGUGAUCUUAUGGUUAUACGGAAAUUACCAAUCGAAGUUUUUGGCAGAGGUUAAGAGGCAAAAUCUAACUGGACGUGUAUGGAUUUUGAGCGAAGCUCCUUUAACUUCCACACUGACAGUAGAAGGUAUUCUCGAGAGCUCUUUAGGAUUCGCACUCCAUGAAUUCAGCGACUCCGGCUUCAAGGAAUAUUUAAAAGAUAGAUUGGUCAAGGAGAAAGACAAUAGAAGUUUUCCUGAAUGGAACGACAGUACAAGCGAAAUAUGGAAGCUUUUGAGGAGCAAGAAGUGUGUUCAUCGCCAAAUUAAGCAGUGCUCUAACGACUUAAUUAAAAAAAUCUACAACGCCAAUGUUCCGUGCAUCAUCGACGCCGUAUAUGCCGUGGCACAUGCACUAGAUAUUUUCUAUCGAAAUUUUAGCCAUAACGAGACCAAAGAUCGGAGGAAAUUGCAGAUAGCCUAUAGCUCUGACGUGCAGAAGCUUCUUGGUAGAGUUAGUUUUCACGGACUAACCGGAAAAAUCAAGUUCGAUCGAUUUGGUGACAUGGCCUCGGCGUAUUAUGACAUUUUCAGCUUUGAAAAAGUAUCUAAUGGAGAUGUUGAGAGCAUAAAAAUGGUGCGAAAAGGAGAAUGGAACAAUUCAAAGAGGAACGAAACUAGCUUGAUAUUUCAUGAAGCUCUGAAUUGGACGACUACAUCUGGUCGCCCCCCGAAAUCUGAAUGCUCGGAGCGGUGUCUUCCUGGAACAAGGAAAUCUUUCACCUCUCCUUGUUGUUGGCAGUGCCUUCCGUGUCUUGGUGGAACCAUCAGCCCAUCCGCUGGUUCUGAAAGCUGCAGUGAAUGCCCUUCCGGAACAAUGUCCAACCAGGCUAAAACAGAGUGUGUCGCUUUACCCUCCGCCAACAUAAGUUAUAGUAGUGCGAGUGGAAUUGUAAUUCUUACCUUUGCUACGCUCGGUGUAGCUGUUACCUUGCUUUGUCUGGCUGCCCUCCAUAAAUUCUGGAAUAGUCCCAUUGUCAAGGCUUCAAAUCGAGAACUAAGCCUUGUUCUUCUACUCGCAAUUCUGUCCUUAUUGUCUUUGGCAUUCAUAGAUGUCUCUGUGUCCACUAAUACAAUUUGCAUGAUCAUAUACCCGCUACGUUAUCUGACCUAUAACUUCUGUCUCUCCAUCUUACUGGUAAAGGCGUUGCUUAUUUCCAGUGCUUUUCAGGUUCCCAUUUUGACCAGUUUGGAAUUCACAUCUCUUCCAAACAAAGCACAAGUUGGAAUCGUCAUAACAUCUCUAACUCCACUGUUGUCGGUGUUGCUACCGUGGAUGCUUUUGGAUCCACCUUCUAAAAAGGAACACAUCCAUCCAAAACGUUACACCUUUAAUGAAUGCAAGGCAUACUCCAGCUCAGUUGGAAAGUCUCUAUUCUUGGUAACAUGCUUUUAUAUUUUCUUCCAAAUGCUUCUGUCCUCGUUCUGUGCCUUUAAGAUUAGGAACGUUCCUGAAAAUUUCAGUGAGGCCAAACGAAUCGCUUUUUCCACCUACAUAUUUUUGUUCUCAUUGCUUUGUUAUCACCCAGUAGAAUUGUGCUUGGAUGGAUGGUAUGUAACGGUUGUGGAUUGUGUAGCAACUCUGUUGAGCGCGUAUGGCUUCCUUUGUUGUCUGUUUUUGCCCAAAAUGUAUAUUCUGUUCUUUAGGCAGGAGAUGAACGAUGUGAAUGCCAUCAGACAAGAAGUAACUCAGUUCUCGGUUAGAUCAGGUUUUGUACGUGCAAACCGUGCUUUUGAUAGUUUUAAUUAG